CUGAAGGCAGCACCAUUCUCCUGGAUCCUGGGUGUGUGCGGGUCCGCUCAGCGUACAGAGACUGAGAGAGAGAGAGAAAACACCAGGAACAUCUCAGCGUGAGUCCAGCUGUGCCUGUCACCUGUCACCUUGUUAGAAAAAAAAAAACUUCUUCUCCAGCGGGACGGGACCGAGAAUGGGAAACUAUCCGAGCUAGUUUCUGAAGAGGACAUACAUUCAGAAAGAGAAAGAGAGAGAGGAGGGAGGGGGGAAGACUGUGGCUAAAAUUGCCAGCCGGUUGCAGGUUUGAGACUUCUCAGUCAAGACUAUAUUAUAAACCGGAGAAGGAACCGGAGCACGGUGGAGAUGCAGACCUUCCUGAAAGGCCGGAGAGUCGGCUACUGGCUCAGCGAGAAGAAGAUGAAGAAGCUGAAUUUUCAGGCCUUUGCUGAUUUGUGCAGGAAAAGAGGAAUAGAAGUUGUUCAGCUGGACCUCAGCCAGCCUCUGGAGGAGCAGGGUCCACUGGACGUCAUCAUCCACAAACUGACUGACCUCAUCCUGGAGGCUGACCAGAAUGAUUCACAGGCUGUGCUGCUGGUCCAAAGAGUACAGGACUACAUUGACGCUCACCCUGAGACCAUCGUCCUGGACCCCCUUCCUGCCAUCCGGACUCUGCUGGACCGCUGCAAGUCCUACCAGCUCAUCCACAGGAUAGAGAGCUGUAUGCAAGAUGAGAGGAUUUGCUCUCCUCCAUUCAUGGUCCUUAACACGGAUUGCAGCCCAGAUAUGCUUGAGCAGAUUCAGAGGCAAGGACUCACAUUCCCCUUCAUUUGCAAAACACGGGUGGCUCACGGAACCAACUCCCAUGAGAUGGCCAUUAUCUUCAGUGAAGAGGACCUGAAUGACGUGAAGCCUCCUUGUGUGAUCCAGAGCUUCAUCAACCACAACGCAGUGCUCUACAAGGUGUUUGUGGUGGGAGACUCCUACACCGUGGUGGAGAGACCUUCACUGAAGAACUUCCCUGCCGGACCGGCCGACAGGAAAGCAAUUUUCUUCAACAGCCACAAUGUCUCCAAACCAGAGUCGUCCUCAGACUUGACCACGAGAGAGAACGUAGAGGGAGUGUCUCAGCCACCCAACGAUGAUGUCAUCAGAGAGUUGUCCAGGUCAUUGCGGCAGGCGCUGGGCGUGUCCCUGUUUGGCAUCGACGUUAUCAUCAACAACCAAACAGGACAACAUGCUGUCAUUGACAUCAAUGCAUUCCCUGGUUAUGAAGGCGUCCCAGAGUUUUUUAAUGACCUCCUGAACCACAUCACCAGCGUGCUCCAGAGCCACAACCCAGAUUUUGCCCCCACCAGCGAGCAGCCCAAAGGCCUGCCGGUGAGCACCACGGUACCCAACGCCGCCCCGCCAGCCCCCGGCUGCUGCAGCAUGCUGGGAAAAGAGGCCGGCAGCAGCCCCUGGAUAGUUGAGGGAGACGGAGGGCUGAAGGGCCCACGUCAGAGACUGGGCUGCAACUCGGCCAUGUCCCCCAACUUCCAGCAGCACUGUGUCUCCACGAUAGCUACCAAGGCUUCCUCCCAGUGACUGAUCCCCCUGCCCCCACUCCGUUUGACCCCUGAACAAAAAAACGGAUGAUAAUGGUGACAAUAAUAAUGAAUAAUAAUCAUAAUAAUUAUGAUGUUAAUGAUGAUAAUAUAUCUAAUCAAAAAACAGGCCUUUUCCUAUAUAGUUAUUGAAAAUGAUGAUGAUUGGGUGUAAGCUUUUUUCUCUCUGCCUUUUUGUAUUUUUCGUUUUGUCUAAUGAGACUUAACAGUACUGUAAUGUGAACUUUUGGGAACUUUUGCCUAAUAGCUGAUUUUAUUUUUCUCUCUUGUGUGAGCUCUCUGUAAUGAAAGGGUCCAGGUGAGGUAGCCAAUGGGAAUGGCCAAAUCAGGACUGGAGAAAGAUGUGCCACUAGAUGUGCAAUGUAUGAUCCCGUUGUAUCUCACACAACACACACACUCAUAAACACACACACACACACACAUAGGUACGUUUACGUUGUGCCAGUGAUGUGUGUUUGUAUUCUGGUCAAUACCACUGACUCCUCUGCACAAAGUGAGGGGGAGAAAAUGUGGCUGGACAUUUGAACACUACUCCACAGAUCCCAGGCUGCUAUGUGACAGUGGCCAACUGAUGGCAGAGGACAUGAUGAGUCUGAACAUGAAAUGACGAAAAAGGUUGAUUUAGGGUUUGUUAGUUUGAACAGUGCCAUCAAAUUUACUUCAAGAGUAGAAAGGACACCUGCAGAAAAAAAAUCUUGAGAGGUUUAAAAAAAAAGGAAAGUAAAUCUCCACAAACAUGUGACCAAGUUUUUUUUUUUUUUAAAUGAUUGUUGUUGCACCAAUGUUUAUAGGUGUUUGAGUGUUUUACUGUAUGUCAGAUGCCGGAUGUUAGGUGUUCAACAAACAGACCGCGUCCUUGUUUGAGUCGCUCCAGUUGCAGGAAGACGAGGAUCACAUUCCUUUUUGUGUUUGUGGAUGUUUCCAGAGAAUUCCAUGAUUUUUAUUUUUUAUUUUUUUUGUCAGAAUUCCAGUGGGAUUGUGUGAGAUUUUCUCUCAUUAUUUCAUGGGUUUGUAACCUCCUUAAACAGAUUCUCCAUGUAUCUGUAAAUGUGAGCAAACUACUCUCCAGAGGCCGACUUGACCCAUCAACAGACUUUAGGCUGCUGUGUAGCUUGUCACUUUUUGAAUUGAAUUGUUAAUCAGAAAAUCAGUUAUUCUACUAAAAUGAAGGUUAACUGUGUGUUUAAAUACCCACAGAUUGGGUAAUAAUUAUUUUGAUACCAUUAGAUGACUAGAUAUUAUUGCUCAACAUGAUUAAGUCUCUCAUUUACAGUUAAAGAAACCUUAAGUCCAGUCAUUCGCUUCAAGCUUAAAUCCUCCGAUCUGUCUUCUGUUCCAGCUGCUGUAUUUGUGUCACAUGUUAACAUCAUUUGGAGGGGAAGUGGGAGAGAUGGUCCAGCUCUUGUUCCCAGUGUUCACUGUGAGAUUUUUUUACUCCAAUUUUGUUAAUAUCUUUGUCCUGAUAUCUACUAAGAGCAACUUUAUUUUAUUGAGAUUUUAUGGGGAAAAAUGUUUUAUAUAAAUGAAAAUGAAAGCACGGGAUGUUUUUGAACAAACGGUGGAUAUUUACUAGAGGUAUAGUAAAAAAGAAAAAAAAAUGCUGGGUCUGGUUGUACAGGUGGUGUCAAAGGGACAAAUGAGCUUGUGGUUGACGCUGUUGUCUCCCUCUAGCAUCUAGUGGGAAGGAGUGCCAACCUGCAGCGCAUACAGAUUAUUGCAUUCCUCUGAGCCUGCUUCGUCUUCUUUUGUCCCAGAGAGCUCCUCCUAGCUGUUUUAUUUCCUCCAUCGGUAUCCGAGGGAACUGACUGUCCUCUUGCUCGCCCUGUGAUCAUAAAUAAUAGUGUCAGUGCAGCCAUGCCACCAGAAUCUCUCCGGGACAAAAGAACACCAGCGACAGUCUGACGCUAGACGCAUCAUAUUGUGAGAAUAUUUCCAUGGCACAGUUAUUAAAUAAAAAAUGAAUAAAUAAAAGGUGCAGCAGGUUCAUUGGAAUCUUUCACAUCCAUCUAGAAGUAGGGGCAAAGUUGAGGGGAGUGUCCCUGGUUAGGCUGGUAUCUGUGUACACCACUAUAUUGUGUGUCCUAUGUUGUGUUCCUUAUCGUGCUUCUAAAUGGGAAAUAAAUGGUUAAUCUUACCCGUGGUCAUUUCUGCAACCCAGUGUCAUGAUGCUCCCAGCUUCCACCUGAAUGUUUACGUCUUGGGUGUCUUGUACAGUACAUGUAUAUAUGCCUAGGCUUAUAUCCGUACAGUAUGUUUUGUAUCAGUGCUGUAAUUGAGAGGAAUCCACAAAUUUUUGACCUUUUUUUAAUUAAAUGGCCAAAAAACAACAGGGCGAAAUAAACAUGUGAAA